CUCAAAUCCGAGUAUCCUUGGCACCAGCAUCAUGCUCAAAACGCUCACAACGUGCCCGGGAAUGUGGUGCAUCGCCAGCGACGACGACAACAACCUCGCUGCGCUUAGCCGCUCGCAGCGCUACAUCAACGGCGCCAAGCCCCGCCGCAUCGUACUCGGCGCCAUUGAGCAAGCGCCUCUGUGGGAAGACGACGACAUUGCAGAUGCGUGCUCGUCCUGCAACGUCGAGUUCGGCCUCUUCCACCGCAAGCACCAUUGCCGCGCUUGCGGCGACGUUGUCUGUGGCACCUGCGCGAGUGGGUUUGAGACGAUCCGCAAGUUUGACAUCACGACGCCCGUGCGCAUCUGCCACAGCUGCUUUGCGUCCGUCGUGCGCGAGAACGAGUUCUUUGAGCGCCACUUGCCGCUGCUCCGCGACGGCGACAUGUUUACAAAAUACGGCUUCCUCUUGGACCGCUGCGUCAAGCUCCGACUUGUCGACAACAGCCUCCAGUACCAAACGGUGGACCUCAACUCGCAGCAGUACUCGGGAGAGACCAAGAUCAUCUUGCUAGAAACAGUCGCAAGCGUCGAAGCCGCUGGCUCCGUGACCAUGACCAUCAAGACGCCGGCGCAAAACCACAAACUGGAUGCGCCGACGCAAGCCGCCCGCGAUGCGUGGGUAAGCGCGAUCCAAGCGGCGGUCGAUCUUUUGCAGUACCUUACCGCUACCGAGAACGCCAAGCAGGCCAAGAGCUUGGCGCAGGAGCACGCCGAGAUGAACCGCGUCAUCCAAGGCAUGGAGUCGGUCGAGAUGCGGCGUCUGGAAAUGCAGCAUCAGCGGCUGCAAAAGAACAGCUCGCGGCGCGACGAACUGCGGGCCAAGUACGGGCUCCCCGUGGCGACAGCGACUUGAAUCAUUAAUGUAUUGUGUGUUAAUAUAUAUGGGUAUCACGCGAUA